AUGAAUGCUGAGACUUGCGUCUCGUACUGCGAGUCGCCGGCCGCUACCAUGGACGCCUACUACAGCCCGGUGUCGCAGAGCCGGGAGGGCUCGUCGCCUUUUAGGGCAUUCCCCGGCGGCGACAAGUUCGGCUCCACUUUUCUGUCCGCCGCCGCCAAAGGGCAAGGCUUCGGGGACGCCAAGAGCAGGGCUCGCUACGGCGGCGCGGGGCAGCCUGACCUGGCGCCCCCCCUGGAGAGUGGCGCCGGGCCGCGGGGCUCCUUUAACAAGUUCCCGCCGCAGCCGCAACCGCCGGCCCCGCCGCCAGCCCAGCCGCAGCCCCAGCCGCAGCCGCAGGCGCCCACGCAGCAGCCGCACCUCUACUUGCAGCGAGGCUCCUGCAAGACGCCCCCGGACGGCAGCCUCAAGCUUCCGGAAGGCAGCGGCGGUCACAACGCGGCCUUGCAGGUCCCCUGCUACGCCAAAGAGAGCUCCCUGGGUGAGCCAGAGCUACCGCCGGACUCUGACACUGUGGCAAUGGACAACAGCUACCUCAGUGUGAAGGAGGCUGGGGUGAAGGGCCCCUCCAACCGGGCCAGCGCGGACCUCCCCAGCCCGCUGGAGAAGGCCGAUUCAGAGAGCAACAAGGGUAAGAAGCGGCGCAACCGCACGACCUUCACCAGCUACCAGCUGGAGGAGCUAGAGAAGGUCUUCCAGAAGACCCACUACCCGGACGUGUACGCACGGGAGCAGCUGGCCAUGAGGACGGACCUCACCGAGGCCCGAGUGCAGGUCUGGUUUCAGAACCGGCGGGCCAAGUGGAGGAAGAGGGAGCGUUUUGGGCAGAUGCAGCAGGUCCGGACCCACUUCUCCACGGCCUAUGAACUGCCCCUCCUCACGAGAGCCGAGAACUACGCCCAGAUUCAGAACCCGUCCUGGAUUGGCAACAAUGGUGCCGCCUCACCUGUACCUGCCUGUGUGGUCCCCUGCGACCCUGUGCCCGCCUGCAUGUCCCCGCACGCCCACCCACCUGGCUCGGGCGCCGGUGGCGUCACCGACUUCCUGAGCGUCCCAGGCGCUGGCAGUCCGCACGUGGGCAGCCUGUUCGGAGCCGCUGGCCUGAGCCCCGGCCUCAAUGGCUAUGAGCUGAAUGGCGAGCCGGACCGCAAGACCUCGAGCAUCGCGGCCCUGCGCAUGAAGGCCAAGGAGCACAGCGCAGCCAUCUCCUGGGCCACCUGA